UGAGUCCCUUAAUCAUGUGCCCUGAGAGAAGUAAGUCAGUGGUGGUGGCUGCGGAUGACGAGUCAGGUUGCUCAGGUGCGUCUCCAGCUCACCUCACACUUGGGCUUCUCAGGGAGGAGGGGCGGAAGCCCUGGCCCACCGUUAGCACGAUGAUCCUCAGCCUGCUCCUGGCUCUCAACUUCUUCCCCUCAAUUCAAGUAGCAGAAAACAAGAUUUUGGUGAAUCAGUCGCCCAUGCUUGUGGUAAACAACAAUGAGGUCAACCUCAGCUGCAAGUAUACCUACAACCUCUUCUCGAAGGAGUUCCGGGCAUCCCUUUAUAAGGGAGUAGAUAGCGCUGUGGAGGUCUGUGCUGUGAAUGGAAAUCACUCCAAGUCACUUCAGUCUACAAAUAAGGAAUUCAACUGCACUGUGAACUUGGGCAACGAAACAGUGACAUUCUACCUCCAGGAUUUGUACGUUAACCAAACGGAUAUUUAUUUCUGCAAAAUCGAGGUUCUGUAUCCUCCUCCUUACAUAGACAAUGAGAAGAGUAAUGGGACCAUUAUCCAUGUGAAAGAGAAACAUCUUUGUCCAGCUCCCCGGUCUCCUGAGUCCUCUAAGCCAUUUUGGGCACUUGUGGUGGUAAACGGAGUCCUAGCUUUCUAUAGCUUGCUAGCAACAGUGGCUCUUUCUAACUGCUGGAUGAAGAGUAAGAGAAACAGGAUGCUUCAGAGCGACUACAUGAACAUGACACCUCGCAGGCCGGGGCCCACCCGAAAGCACUACCAGCCCUAUGCGCCAGCACGGGACUUUGCAGCCUACCGUUCCUGACACGGACGCCUAUCCAGAUGCAAGCCGGCUGGCCCCUCUUCACCUGCUCAACACCAUUGCUCUGGAUAGGAAAGGACUGCCUCGUCUUCAGCCAGCCACCUUGGCCUCCUGUUAGGCCACCAAUGCUAAUUUUUCUUGAACAAAUAGGCCGAAUAACAUCAUUUUGAGACUCUGAAAUGAAGUUAAAGAAUAUUACUGUGGCAGACUCGUGUAGUGCCAUGGCCCAAAUUCAAACUCACCAUGUAUUUAUUGACUUGAUUGAGAGGUUAGGGUAGAAAACUGAAAGUGAGCGGAUUCUGUUAGCCCUGACAUCUGCUUCCAGUUCCACUUCUUUCUAAUUCACCUGCAUAUUGCGGUCAAGUGAAGUGUGAUAUCGAAAGACUUUUUAGGUGGAGAAGAAAAGGUUAGGAAAUCAUUCCUUUGAUUAAAUGGGGGUUUUGGGUGGAGAUUAAGUUGGAAUGGGGGAGGGAGACAUAAACAUUUAAAAAACCCUUAAAACACUGUCUCUCACUCAUGAAAUGAGUCACUUAGUUCCUAUUUAAUGCUGUUUUAUUUUAGUUUGUAAAGAUGUAGACAUUCUUUUUGAUGAAUUCUGGUCCUAUUAGUCAUUUUGACCAAUGGAAUCCCUUCAGAGCAAUGGGAGGUAAACCAACUUGCUUUCCUUACUCCCUGUGAUGGGAAUUCAAGGUAAUCUUCACAAUAUGAUUUCAAAAGAAUAAAGUAGUCCUCCCACACCAAGGAAGAAUGUGUCAGGAAAUAAGGUCACUUGAUGUCAAAAUUAUUUGAAUACUAUGAAGGGUUAUUUGUUUAGUAGCUCAUUUCAGUCGAAUCAUACAGGGGCCUUUUCUGUUCCAUGUAUUUUAGGUUUGCUCAGUUAGUUUCUUUAUUGUCUGCAUGGAGAUCUACAGCGGGAUGCUGAGAGUGCAUCUCCUGGAGAAGUGACGAUACUGUGAAAAAGGGAUAUUGGCAUCCAUUAGAGUAUGAGGGAUGGGUCUCGAGAAACUUCUGAAGGGAACAACACAAUUCUUGCCACAUGCCGCAGGGGUGGCUGGCAUCUGGUAGGAGUUUUCUAGAAGACAGAAGGCAGAAGGAGAAAUGGUGAGAGCUUCUUUCUGGGACUUUCUGUGCUUUAGGGCUCAGAGCUCCAGAACUCUGUGGUUCAGUUGCCUGUUUACCCUGGAGGUCCAUCGACAUGGAAAAGUGUUUGAUGCUUUUGAGAUAGCAUCAAAGUUCUCAAGAUACCAGGCUAGGCCAGACCCUGGAAACACCAUGAAUAUUUUUCUGGCUCCAGUUUGGGUCAACUGGAGUAUGUCUGGGGACCUUGAAGAAUGGUUUUACUGCUGCCCUUAUAAUUUGUUCAGUGCUUUGAUUCAUUCAGAUGUUGGAGAAGUCUAGGUUUUAGAGGCAGAUAGGCCUGGCUCAAGUACUAUUGCUAGUUGGCCUCAGGCGAGUCACUGCCUUUCUAAGACUCUGAUUCUUCAACUAUAAAAUGAAGAUAGUGAUCACAAAUGUCUGUUCCUAUACUAUCAUUUCCAUGAGGGCAUGUCUCAAGUUUGUCUUUUUUUUUUCUGCUUGGCCCUGGCACAUAGUACCAUGCCUGACAUAUGUUAGCUAUUAUUAUUAUUGUCAUAUAGAUAAACUAUGUAUAAAAAUUAAACUGGGCAAUGACCUGAGAAGGAAGAGACUAUUAUAACACAAAUUUAAAUUCACUACCCAGGGAUGAGGUGCUACAAAAUUUGAAAGCCUCUAAACUCCCUCCCAUUUCCUGUUUCAAAAUAUUUUAGCUUGCAAUAAGAUGUACAGCAUUCUGCCUCUCACUUUUAUGUAUAUAAAGAGGUCUUCUCUAAUUUUUUUUUUUUUGUAACAUGGGGAGGGGUAGAAAUCUUAUAAUUCCAUUCAGAGGAUAUUGUACUUUGGUUGAUUUUUAAAUGGGCUUCCAUUCCAUGAAUUAAAUUAUUUCAAAGAAGGUCGAACUUAGCAGUCCUUGGGUGAUGAAAACUGUUGAAUUUCUACUGACACAUGUGCCAAAUCGCCAGCCUCUUGGCAUACAGAGUUCCUUAAUCCAAGUUAUCAGAUUGAAUUUGAAAAGGACAGAGCUGGAGAAUUUUUAGAAAGGGCAAUGACAAAAAAUAAAUUAAAAAAUGGAAAGAUUUGCUCUUUGGUAAUAAAUGGUUUUAUUUUCUGAUGGGAAAAAUAGGUUUACUGAAGAUGAAUCAUACUUUAGAUUUUUCUUACUCACUCUGAACAGAACCAAAGUAGAAAUGUUAACAGGGAAGUCCGUUUUCACUAUUACUGUGAACCAAGAAAUGGUUUAAGAACAGUGGUUGAAGCAAUGCUGGUACAGUUUCAGAUAUGGCAAUUAGGAAGAAAACAAUGCCAUUUGCUGCUAUUAUUGUAGGAGUCUUAUAAUUAAUAGUGGUUCUAUAAUUUUUGAUUGUGAGCUCACUUAUUUGGGGAUGAGCAUACCAAUUUAAAGAGACCAAGUGGGCUUCUCUGGUGGCGCAGUGGUUGAGAGUCCGCCUGCCGAUGCAGGGGACGCAGGUUCGUGCCCCGGUCCGAGAGGAUCCCACAUGCCGCUGAGCGGCUGGGCCCGUGAGCCAUGGCUGCUGGGCCUGCGCGUCCGGAGCCUGUGCUCCGCAACGGGAGAGGCCACAAUGGUGAGAGGCCCGCAUACUGCAAACGAACAAACAAACAAACAAAAAUAAAUAAAUAAAGAGACGAAGUAUACAUUAUGUUCUGUGUUCAGUGAUAAAAUUGCUGAACUACCAUGUGCCUGUUUUAAAUCUGUGCUUUAAUACUGUUUUUCAGAGCAGGUAUGCUUCACUUUUGGUGAUGAAUCUGGAGAAAACCUGUUAUUUAAAAAAGGUAUGAGAUAAACCCUUUUUAUAAAUCUCUAGUUUAGCCUUGAAAAAAAAAUCCAGACUUUUAAAUAUUAGUUUCAUUUCAAAGCAAAGUACACUUCUGGUUUGUUUGCUUGGCUUUAGUCACAACUUCUCAUCAGACCAAUGGAUUAUAUCUCUGAGAUGUCAGGCUGGGCUUACCUGUGCAUUCUGUGUGAUGUAAAUGUUCUAUCAGAGAGAUCAAACUUCAGCCUUAACUCCAUCAAUCCCUCAGGUUAACUAACUGAGCCACUAGUUCUCAUGGCUAAUUUAAUGGGGAUGUUGGUGGUUAAAUGGAUAUCACAUCCCUCAUCCUGGCCUUUUGUACUGCUGCACAGGAGCAACAGCAGGCCUGGGGAUUGAUCACAAAGUGUUAAAUUUAACUACAUGCUGGAGGUUGGAGAUGGUGGCAGUGAUGAACCUAGAACCAAAAUCAUCACUGCUAUAGACCUGUUACUGCCCAGGUUUUGGUAUCUGCAAGGGCUCUUGAGGCUGAGGAAAUCUCUUUCUUAUAAGUAUAUAAAUACUUUCUGAUAUAUUCCUCCUCAAAUAUCACAGCCAUGUUCCAACCUCAGGGCCUUUACACAUACUGUUUCCACUGUCUGGAAUGCUCUUCCCCAGAUAUCUACCUGGCUUGCUCCUUCAUUUCCUUCACGUCCCUGCUCAAGUGUCACCUUCUACCCUAGUAAAAUCUCCCCAAGCCCCAUCUACUUUCCUUGCUUGUUUGUUUUUCCAUAGCAUUUCACCAUUUCUUAUACCUGACCUUUAAACUUAUUUGUUCACUGUCUAAUUCCCCAAACUAGAAUGCAAGCUCCAGGAGCGAUUGAACUUUGCUUUGUUUAUUGCCAUAUCUCCAGUGCCCAGAACAGUGCCUGACAGGUAACAAAUAUUUAUCGACUGAAUGAGUGAAUUUCACAUGCCUUUAUGAAUUAAUUGUCAGUCUAAAUGUACUAAUCAGACUCUGAGAAGGAGAGAGUCAGUUCUGUUUUCCACUUUCCUAUUAAUAAGCUCAAAAAUCCAUUUUAUUAGUGAGACAGGAUGUAAAACAUACACACAGCCAAGCCUGGUGAAAGAAAACCUGGUAGCUAUACGUUCAUUUACAUUUUAGAAAUGUUUGUGCAGUGACGAAAACCAAUACUGUUAGAGUCAUCUUAAAAAGUCACGCUAAAUAAGCCACAGUUGAAAUUAAGUUGAUUUCCCAUUGAAGUCCCCAACUCCCCUCUUAAUGGAGUAUUGACUAUGUUUUAAACAUGCCUUUAGUCUAAGACUUCUGAAAAUGUUGCCUUUGUUGUUAAAAUCCCAUCCGACUACUAAACUGCUGCUCUUUCUUUUUAUUUUUUCUCCCUUGGCCCCCAACAAAUUCUAUAAAUGCUUUGCCUGGCUGUGAUUCAUAAAGAGCUCAAGGAUGGGAAUGCUGGGGACAGACAAUUUCAGAUUCUUCACCUGUCAAGCUCUUGUCAUAACUGAACAUGCUAAUGGCUUGCAAUAGUUUUAAAAUAAAAGAACAACGACAAACAAAAUUGUGGCAUUUGGAGCAAGUUGACAAUUCAAAUCAGACAUAUCAAUCAUCACACUCACACACACACAUACACACACACACACACACACACACACACACACACACACACACACACUGCUAUCCUCUUGUGGGUAGGGAAAGGCCCUUGAACAAGAGACACAAGAGCUGGUCUGAUAUUUCAUGUAAUAACUCCUAUUACUUCAUUGCAAAUUGUGCUUUGAGUGUGGCCUGACGUCACAUAGGUGUGUUAUGAGUUCAUCUCCAAACGGACUAUUUUCUUGGUUGAAAUGGAGCUCAUUAAACUUAAUAAAGAUAACCAAAACCUGUUACUCCAAGAAAGACUUAGCUCAUGAGUUUGAUUGGACAAACCAAAUCAACUGGAGAAGGAUAAGUUGGUAAAAACUCCGGCACUAAAUGUAUCGGCUCAAUAAGCACUCCUUUACUGGGCUAAUAUAAAUAGUGUAACCUAGUUCUGUGAGAAGGUUCUAGCACCUUGAAACUCAAGUGCAAAAUGAAAUAAAAUGCAAACUUCAUGACUUCACCUAACAGACCUCCCACCACGUUCUAACUUCAUAACUAGGUGAAGAGUGUAGUUUGCUGCAGCCCAGAAUUCACUUUUUUUAAUCCAGUCUGAUAAAAGAGAUUGAUUCCUUUUAAAGCAGUACACUUUCUCCUCUCUCCCCUUGUCUGGAACAGAGAUAAUGGAUGAGUGAGAAAAAUCAAAGAAAAUUCUGGAUCCAUCAUAAUGGGGGCCCUGACCACUGCCCUAAGCAGCAGCAAAUGGGAUGGUCUGGGAGUCACACCAGAAACUUGUUUGUUACCUUAUCUGCAUCUCCUUAGCUGAGGCACUAACUCUUGGCUUUUCAAUAGUGGUGCUCAGAAGUUUGGUUCUUCUGGAAUGAGUCUGAUUGGGUGGACCUCCCAACUUUCUCUGAUUUGGCAUCCCAAAGGAAUGAGUGCUUUCCGCUUGAAGAUUCCCAGGCUCUCAGCACUUAGAGACCCAGGCCACUGUCCAGGGAAGAAUGGAGCACGCUUCCUCAGUGUGCCUUUCGUUCUUUUCAGGGUAUGGACACUGGGUUCCACGCUUGAAAAACAUUAAGGAUUAAAUAUGGAUGAUCCAAGGAUAUUUCAUCUGUUCUGAGCUGACCUCGUUAUUGAGGCCACUCUAAAGGCCAGAAUGUGGACUUCCUGAGCCCAUUUCCUUAUCUUAUUUGCCUGUGUAAACUCGGUGAAAAGUUUUGGAAUGCUGGGAAUUCUAGGGGACAAAAAGUCACAGAAAGGUGAAUUUAUCUUCGAGUAGGGGUGGAUCGGGUUCUACUUACACUUCAACUGGCAGAGCUAUCUCAGUGACAGAUUGAAAUUCUCCUCUGGCUCCAAAGAACAAAUUGUGAGAGCUGGGUGGAAAUGUCAGUUGAGACAGAAGAGCAGCAAACAGCUUUGUUUUCCUAUAGUUGUGGUUUUGCUUGGUGAUGAUGACACACGACGAUGAAAAUGUGCAGCAUGAACUCCAUUUGUUAUCUGAGUGAGCAUCUCUGCCAACACUGAAGGAUAUGUGUGGGUGUCACCUGCAAGCACACACACACACACAGAGAGAUAGAGAGAGAGAGGCCCUGGUUCGGAAAAAAGAGCGAGUUAAUCAAAGAUCAACAGUGACAAGUGGUGCUGUUUAUUUCAUGAGGUUCAGAUUUGAUUUCCUUCCCCUCAUUAAUCUCCAAGUCUGAAGUUAGUCUCUGGACUAAAUAGACGAGUGUCUGGUGACUGCGGAAGGGAGUGGGACAAGGUGGGCUUGAAUGGGCAUCAUGGCAGUCACUGUAGUUACGUAGUCAUUUCUUAGUCUCCUGGGCACACACUUAGCAUUUGAUAUGUUAGCUUCCAAAACCUGCAUUUCUAUUACCUUUUAAGAAUCGUGACAUAUUACAUGAGGGUAGACAAGUCGUUGUACUUGGGGUCCCUUUUGCACUCCUAACCCUAUGCAACUCUUGCUUCACUUGUUUAUGUUUCUUCCUACUCCUUCCUUUUCAUUCACUAAAUAACUAUUUAAUGAGCACCUGCCCAGCUCUAAGAAGUGGCCUAGGAUGGAGGUGCGGCAGCAAGCAACACGGUGUUAUCAUCUCCACGCUUACCAAGUGCAGAGUGUAGACGUUGCAUGUCCCUUCUUUUUUUUACUACCCUAAUCCUCAGGGUAAUCACUUAGUCUUAAUUAUGGGUUCAGACUUGAAUGUGGCUAUUUGAUAGCCUUUGUCUUAUUGGUUUGCCUGAAACUUAUUUUUUGAGAUGUUCUUAUCUACCAUCUCUAACAUGUUUAAUGUCUUAGCUUAGGAUUGACAAAUUUUUUCUGGUAAGGGCCAAAUAGUAAAUAUUUUAGGCUUUGUGACCAUACGAUUUCUUGCAGCUACUCAAUUCUGCCAUUGGAGUGCAAAGGCAGCCACAGACAAUAUGGAAACAAACGAACAUGUCUGUGUUCCCAUCAACCUUUAUUUGUGAAUAUUUGAACUUCAUGUAACUUUUACACAUCACACAAGAUUAGUAUUCUUUUGACUUUUUUUUCCCAACCAUGCACAAUGUAAAAACACAUUCUUAGCUCAUGGGCUGCUCAAAGGCAGACGGUGGGCUGGAUUUGGGCUGCAGGCUGCUAGCUUGGGCUUGGACCCAAGCCAGUUUUAGCUACAAGCUUGUCUUUGAGUUCCAGCCACUAUUUGCACUGGUAGGGCUGGAAGGAAUCAGUUUGGCUGUGUGACUAUGUGUGAACUUGGGAGUUGGGUACCUGGCUGCCAUUUUAUGGGUGACCAAGAGUGACCCCUCUGAAAUCCAAACUAAAGCUCAGCAUUUCCCAGGGUAAUUGGUGAAAUCACUUUUACUCAGAUAAGAAAGGCAUUGACCCUACCCUUACCAUUCCUUCACUUCCAUUCCCCACUCCUGUCUGCAGCUGCUGGUUACACCCAAGGUACAAAUAGUCCUUGGAAGUAGCCCAGCCUAUGUGGGCACCCUGCGCCACACACCCAUUCACACCAUCUGGGCAAUUUAAAAAUAGGGCCAAAUGUAGCAUUUAGCCUGAUCUGUCCAGCCAAGAUGAGGAAAUUGCCUCUAAAAGGUCAGAUGAUUAAGAUUAUUGUGCCAACAGUUGAAGAUACCAGUAAUGAAAAAAGAUUUUGGUAGAGUGGAUUUAUCCUGACUUUGUACAUGGCAUUCAAGUUCUGGGUCUGGGUGAACAACCUCAGAAAUUCCAAAUUUUUGUCCUCCAGCAUGCAUGGCCACUGUGUACAUUUAUGUGUUGUGUACCCUGAGCAAGGGCCCCUAGCCAAGGGGACGAGGGGGCUGAAAUCCAGUCAGGAUCCCCUUAUCAAGCUACUCUCCUGGAAAAGCUAUUCCCACCUGGAGAGCGUGCCUUUCUCCAAUGCCCACACCUAUGGGCUAUUGAGGUGCUGACAGAAUGCUUACCUUUCUGCUACUUGAUUACUGAGCUCUUUAUAGAAUAAGUUAGAUACCCAUUUUCAAAACAGAAAUUAUCCAGGAUGAAUAAUAGUUAAAAUAAAAUAAAACAAAAACAUAGAAUCAUUCUUAAUACCAUCACAAUUUCUCUCUGGGUUCCCUUCUUUAGUCUUCUCUUCCCUGCAUUUCUGCAUAUUUUAAUUCAGUUAGUUGGUUUUUCCUGACAUACAUCUGGUGGGGUUGUCUUUUAGGAGUAACGUGAGAAGAAACUUCCUGGUUCAGAUCUCCAAGGAAAACAAAUAAGUUUUUGUGUCCUGGAGAAUACCAGGUUUGGGGUUAGUUCUUAGGAUGUCCCUGGAAUUUUUCAGUUAAUGGCAGAG